UAUAUCCUCUCUGGGCCUAGGACGGAGGGGGCCAGAGUAAUAUUGGGCUUUGCUUUUUUUUUCAAGUUAUGUUCUUUCAGAAGAAGAAAGAUUACUGUUCCCUCUAGUCAUAGAUCUGAACUUUGGAUUAACACUUCUGGGAAAUAAGUCUUUAACUAAUGUGCCCCGUGGUUGGGCUAGGAAUCUCCAGUGGGUUACAUGUGAGCCAAAAUUGAUUCUCAAGAAUAUUGCUGUGUUAGCCCUGAAGACAUCUAAGGCUGGGGUUGUCUGGAUGGAUUCCUGUUGACAUGGCAGCCCUCUGUAGACAGAGAUGUGUGUAGGUGUUGUCCUGUCCAUUCCUGAGGACAAGAGAAAUGCCAGCUGACAUUGUCACUUCUUCAGAAUGUGUGCAUGCCCCCAACAAGAGGGCCACUCUACAGUGACAACUGAACUGGCCUAGUCUAAAACUAUGGGAUUCCUAUUACCACUGUAGAGCAUAAUGUGAGAUGGCUCUCUAGCCGUUGACAGAGAAAUUAUACCAGUGCCAAACCAUUGGAAUUAUUUUGAGCACAACUUUCCUUUGUGAAAGUUUUCGUCUAUGAAUUGUUAUUCAUUAUGGACAAGAUGCAGACAUUUCAACAGGGGGUAAUAUUUUAUAUAUUGUAUCUCUCGCAUACAGUCAGUGCUGUCAGUCCAGCUUGUGAGUGUGUUGUGUACCAAAGCUAUGGCGGAUCUCAGGGUAAAUUCACAUCUCCAAAUUUCCCCCAAAUCUAUCCUCGAAACAUCAACUGCAUCUUAUAUACCUUCAUCGGGGACAUCGGCGAGAUCAUCGAGCUGACGUUUCUAGAAUUUGAUUUGGACAUGCCGAGGCGGGGAGUAUGUAAUGACUAUUUACGUUUCUACCUUGACCUUGACCGACCAGAGGUCAACGAGCGGAAUCACUGGAACUAUGAACGUUGUGGGAACAUCACCAUGCUGGAGCAAAAAGUUGUCUAUUCAUCAGGGAGAAGCCUUAUCCUAGAGUUCCACUCUGACCUAAAACCAGCCAAUCAUACGGGCUUUAGGGGAAUAUUCAGAUUUCUCGAUGAAACUGAUUUUCAUAAUUCACAUAAAAAAGCAUCAGGCGCAGUGGUUUCAAUUGGUGAAACUUCCAGAGAACAAUUUAUGACAGAUUGUAUACGAGAAUUGGGAACUGCAUGCACAUACUACUGCCAAAGCAAUAAUCUUACAAAAACGGGGAAAUUUUUCUCUCCAAGAUAUCCCCAAAAUUAUUCCCCUGGAACAAGCUGUCAGUACAUGUUCCGGGGCCUCCCUGGAGAGAAGAUACGUGUUGUUUUCCAAAAUAUACAGUUAUAUCAUAUAGGUGGUAGUUGUGAAAAUUCUCCAGAUGUUAUCGUUGUUCAUGAUGGAGUAGACAAAGCUGGACCUGUCAAGGGACGUUACUGUGAUGUGCGAAACCAAGUGGAAAUCAUUUCUUCCUCACAAUUUCUAUAUAUAGACUUUUAUACAGAUGAACAUAACCAGAGACAGGGCUUCGCAGCCACAUAUGAAUUCUGUUCUAAUUGUUAUAAUCCCAUGAAUCCGCCCCAUAAUCCUUCAACGGAUUGGUCCUACAUAACCACAGCUGCUCCACAUUCUAUAGUGACCUCACCUGAGCAGAAAGGACCAUUUAACUGUGACCAAGUUUUCAAAAGCAAUGUGACGAAAAACGGAACUUUCAGCAGCCCAGACUUUCCCAAUUCUUAUCCGAAGGGAAUUCAAUGUCGCUUCACCUUUGUUGGGAGCAACCUUGAGAGAGUUCAGAUAAAGUUCACCCACAUGGAUCUGUUUUAUCCAGGAGGCAAUCCCCUAGACCCUCAUGACUGCGAGGGAUCAGACUCGGUGAGCGUUUACGUCAUGACGCACGGCGAGUUAAGCGAUCUUGGAAAGCACUGCGGGAAGAGAAUCCCCAAAAUGGUUAUGUCACACCAACCCAAGUUGACAGUAGUCUUCACAAGCGUUCAGUCAUCACCAAGUGUCACAGGAUUUAAGGCCUCAUUUCAAUUCUUAACAAAUUUUGGGAUAACAACUGGCAGGCAGGACAAGAGAUAUGAAUGUGGGUUUAAUUACUACAGUGCUGUUAACUCUGAAGGUGUUUUUACAUCCCCUAACUACCCUGGAUUUUACCCUCGCAACACAACAUGUCAUUAUCGCUUCUAUGGAAAGAAGGACGAAGAAGUGAUCAUAACAUUUCAAGAAUUUGAUGUGGAUGGUAUUCCACCAAGAUGUCAAGCAGACACAGACAGUGACUUUUUAGAGUUUUCAAAUUUUAACACCUUGACACCUGACAGAAAAAUGCGGAGAUACUGUGGCAGUUCUGUAGAUAGAUUAUCCAAAAAGCAGAUAAGCUCUGACGGGGAAUUUUUCAGAGUCACUUUCCAGUCAAAUGAAGUUUUUGAUGGAACAGGGUUUAAAGCUACGUAUCGGUUUAUUACAACAAAAGAUAAACUCCCAGCUGACUUGCCAGCAUCAUCAAAUCCCUCGAAAGUCUCUGGAGGUGCUCUGAGGUUAUUACCUUCAAAGACUCUAUUACUUCUGUGGAUUUUACUCCUCAGGCAAUUGUGAUGUUAUGAGGAAAACACUGGUGACAUCAUCAGUUCUUGUUGAUCAUGUGAUAUUAUGGUGUCACCCUGGUAACCUCAUUACCUGGACCAUCUCUGCACUUUUAUAUGUAUGUCUCAUAGUCAUCUGCUGUCCAUCACUGUCACCAGUUCAUCAACUUGAAGCAAACUGUUGUGGUAUCAUAUCCAUAUGCACUCUGUGCUUUUACCAACCAAUAUCUUUAAAGUGUAAAGAUAUGUACAUUGUUCACUUGUGAGCCCAUGUUUAUCUGACGUGAAAGUCAGACAGAUUUCUUGUUCCAUCUCCUCGUUAUCAUGGUGCUGCCACUUUCACUUUCAGUAUCUUGUACAGGUCACAGCUGAUUUAGACUCUCCACAAAAUUUAAUGGAUAUUGGAGGGAAUUGUAAAUCCAUGCGCAGUUUGCUUACUGGUAAUGUGUAUUUAUUCAAGCAUCAUUAUAUCUUGACAUUAACAGAUGUUAGAUAUGGGAUAAUUAUAGUACAGAUGUACAUAUUUGGGGAAGUCUGUGGACAGCUGUUCUUAUUCCACAUCAUUUCAUAAAAAUACAAAAAUAUGUAUUAUCUGGACCAUUAAGCAUGAGGAAAGCACUGUUACCUAAACAAAGAAAUUGUAUUCACUUUAUUACUGUUAAGUACCUUACUUAAUAAUUUUUCACUCGCAUGAUAGUUUUUAUGGGUGCAGGAAACCAGAAAGCUGGAGGUAAACCUCAGACAUUGGCAAGUUACUGAUGGAGUUUCUCACAUGAUGAUGAACAGACUUAUACAUCAUAUUGAAAGAAGACAACUGAUCGUCAACAAACCAGUAUGGGGCUGGGAUUGACCAAGAAAUUAAAGUAAAACUAAAACUAUGUCUCCUAAUAGGCUAAUUAAUUCAUGUCAGCUGUUACAGAUACAUAGUGCUGCUAAUACUUGGGAUAUUUUCAGCAAAUAAAUGGCCUGAGGUGAAGGGAUUUAUUAAUUGAUUUUAAUAAGCCAAGAGCCUCUUAUGCCAUUGUGAUUCCUGUGCUGGAAUUUGACAGUUUCACUUGAAAUGUGAAAUGGGGAGUGGGUACCCACUCAGCAUCAAAGGGAGAUAAUCAAGCUGACUCUAGCUCCAGGAUCAAAUCAGUUUAUCAAUUGCUGUUGAGUGUGAUCUGAAAUAAUAAAUCUGUUUAUACUAUGUAUAAGAAUGAAUUAUGUGUCAUAUAUAUGCACACAUAGCUGCAAUACUGGAAAGAAGGAGUAUAUUAUAUAUGUAUGCAUAAUUCCAUUUAUGCUGUCCAUUACUUAUGCUGUAAUGACACCACGUGACAAACAUUCAUAGUUUGAUUGAUAGGGCCUACUUUAAUUUUUGUUGAGACCUCCAUUUGUCUCUCUUCCAUUCACAAACACACAGAAUACCAGUUAUACCCAGACCAACAAAAUUUUUCUACUGGUUUGCAUGUUUUGAUAGGAAAAUGCUUUUACCACUGGACAAGGCAGUUCAAGCUGACCAUUGCUUCUGAACUUAUGCACCAUUUUAGGUUGAAAACUCCAACAAAGGUGCCCUUUCAUGAAAGCUUGUAAUUUUCAUGAUGUUUUUUGUAAAUGAUUUCAAGGUUAAGGAACAUCGUUUGCAAAAAUAUUGUGGAAGUAAACACCAUAUUUACAGAAAGUGAUGAAGGGGUACCGAAAGCUGGAACAUAUGGUUGUGACUUUUAACCUUACAAGUUACACUGAAAGGUUUCUUUACAUACAUUUGGUUGAUCAGCUUUUCCAGGGAAAACUUGGUGUGUGCCAUAAUAUGUGUUGUUAGUUAAUAAGUAGUUAUUAAAGUGUAAUUAUGCGCGUAUAUCUUUGUCAGUUCGAUGUUUGUUUUUUCUUGUGUUUGUUUUUGUUUUUAUUAACUCAAUGCAUACAUUAAAAUAGUACUAUAAAGGAGCACACCUUUUCACCA